AUGUCGAAAUCCGAUUUCAUCAUUUUCCUUUUUCUAAUUUGGAUUACCCUGACAAGCGUUGAGGCCAUAAAAGGCUAUAAAAUCUAUCUCAAUCCCAAUUGUACCGUGGCCAAUAACUGCACACUCAAUGAGACGAAAAUAGUUCAAGUCAUUGUCAAACAGCCCAACAAAACAAUUCAUUUCCUCCUCCCUGGAAACAAUCCCAAGGCCCCACUCUCAGUUAUAAUGCUUGAAGCGGACGCAAAUGCUGACCAGGUGAGCGUGAAUUGGACAAGGUUUCUCUCUCAGAGUGGUGGUAUCGCUGGUUCAAUAUCACUUAAAGGCGUUCGUACCUCCUAUGGAUUCAUUAUUAAUGAGCACAUGUCAGGAACUGGUAGUAUGUGGGAAUCGGCUGAGUACCUACCUGAAUUCGGUUGUCCCUUAAACAAAGGAUUCUGUGUCUACAUUGAUUUCAAAGAUUCUGCCGUUAUAACUCCAGAUGAUAUAACUCGCCAAUGCCAACACAUGUUGGGAAAGAAUUUACUUUGGCAACUAAUUGUUAAUGCUAAUGGACAGAACCCCUUGAAAUUCGUCUACACUGCUGUUAAAUCUAAUGACACUUGGGACACCUUUAACAAUGUCACAGUCAGCGUAAGUACUCCAUUAUGCAUUUUCGUGAUGUUGAAGUAA